AUGGCGGCGACAAAAACCAGCGGUGGCAACAAUGCGUACCACAACUUCCACAAUGACUUUGCCCACAUCAAGGACGUGAAUGAGCGGCGACGGCUCGCCCUUGCCGAAGUCGACAGGGCCCCCUUCGGCUGGUACCACGUCCGCGCUAUCGUCGUCGCGGGCGUCGGUUUCUUUACCGAUUCUUACGAUAUCUUCACCGUCUCGCUCCUCACCCUCAUGCUCGGUGUUGUGUACUACCCCGGCGUCGGUCAGAUGCCCACCACCUCCGACACUGCCAUUAAGCUCGCGACCUCCGCCGGUACCGUCAUCGGCCAGCUCGGCUUCGGUGCCCUGGCUGAUAUCGUUGGCCGGAAGCGCAUGUACGGCCUCGAGCUGAUCAUGAUUAUCUUCGCUACGCUCGCUCAGGCCCUGACCUCCUCGUCCCCCUCCAUGGAUAUCAUCGGUGUCAUUAUCUUUUGGCGUGUUCUCAUGGGUAUCGGCAUUGGCGGCGACUACCCUCUUUCUAGUAUCAUUACCUCCGAGUUCGCCACUACUAAGUGGAGAGGUGCUAUGAUGGGCGCCGUGUUCGCCAUGCAAGGUCUCGGCCAACUCGCUGCCGCCUUUGUCAUGCUGUUCCUCACCCUUGGCUUCAAGUCAUCGCUCGAGACGUCCCCCAAGCUCGCCGAGUGCACCGGUGGCUGCGCCCAGGCUGUCGACAAGAUGUGGCGUGUCCUGAUCGGAUUCGGUGCCGUCCCCGGCUGCAUUGCCCUCUACUAUCGCCUUACCAUUCCCGAAACACCGCGCUACACCUUUGACGUCAAAAUGGAUGUCGAAAAGGCUGAGGGUGACGCCGAGGCCUACCUGAAGGGCAAGUCGGGCGCCGCCCCGGACGAACUCGCUCGCGCCACGACCCAGAAGCAGGCCAACGAGGAGCUGAAGACCGAGAAGGCCAGCUGGUCCGACUUCUUCCGCCACUAUGCCAAGCCCAAGAACGCUAUGCUCUUGGCUGGAACCGCUCUUUCGUGGUGUUUCCUCGACAUCGCCUACUAUGGCGUCUCACUCAACAACGCCGUCAUCCUUGAGGUGAUUGGCUACUCGACCAAGAACGCCAACAACACAUACGAGAUCCUGUACAACACGGCCGUCGGCAACUUGAUCAUCGUGCUCGCGGGGGCGGUGCCGGGCUACUGGGUGACCGUCUUCACGGUGGACACGCUCGGGCGCAAGCCGAUCCAGUUCAUGGGCUUCACGAUCCUGACGGUGCUCUUCGUGGUGAUGGGGUUCGCCUACUUCCACAUCUCGCCCAACGGCCUGCUCGCCAUCUUCGUGCUCGCCCAGUUCUUCUUCAACUUCGGCCCCAACGCCACCACCUUCAUCGUCCCCGGUGAGUGCUUCCCCACCCGCUACCGCUCCACUUCCCACGGCAUCUCGGCCGCCUCGGGCAAGAUCGGCAGCAUCAUCGGCCAGGGCGCCAUCGCGCCCCUCCGCACCCGCGGCGCCACCCCGGGCAACCCCAACCCCUGGAUGGACCACGUCCUCGAGAUCUACGCCCUGUUCAUGCUGCUCGGCAUCGGCUCCACCGCCCUGAUCAAGGAGACCAAGCGCAAGACGCUGGAGGAGCUGGCGGUUGAUGACGAGGAUGAGGUGGUCGCCAACUCCGGCUCGGAUGCGAACCCGGGGGUUCUGUCUACGGAUGCGGCGAAGGAGGACCCUGCGGCCUCUUCGGGCGGCAAUGCGGGCGGUGAUGAGAUUCAGAAGUCUCAGUAG